AUGAAUAUUCUUGGAUGGGUGUUUGGAGGAUACAUAACUCCUCAAGAACAGUUGAGGAAACAUAGACGAGCUUUAGAAAAAGCACAACGGGAGAUUCAAAGAGAGGAAAUAAAACUGGAAGCUCAAGAAAAGCGACUAAUUGGAGAGAUUCGAAAAAGUGCACAAGCAGGAGAAAUGGAGGUGACGAAGAUUAAAGCAAAAGAUCUUGUACGAACAAGAAAACAGAUUGGAAAGUUUUUACAGAUCAAAACGCAACUUCAAGCGAUUUCAUUAAGGAUACAAACAGUACAAACUCAUGAACAAAUGACACAAAGUUUAAAGAAUGCAGCAAGACUUUUAAAUUCAAUGAAUCGAAAAAUUCAUGUACCAACAUUAAUGAAAAUAACUCAAAAUUUUCAACAAGAAAAUGAUAUAAUGGAUCAACGAGAAGAAAUGAUGGAUGAUGCAAUUGAUGAUAUUAUGGAAGACGAUGAUAUGGAAAAUAAUGAUAUUAUAAAUCAAGUAUUAGAUGAAAUAGGAAUUGAUCUUCAGCAAGAUCUCAAUAAUAUUCCUUCGAUUACGAAUACAAUACAUAAAGGACGACAAAAGAUUCCGCAAAUGAUAAAUGGUUCAGGAAAUAAUCAGCAUGAUGAUUUUCAAGAAAGGAUUAAUAGGCUUAAGCAUUAA